AGGAUGCAGGGAUGUGUUUCCUCAGUCAGCGUGAGUUCAGUACAAAAGGUAACCUGUAAGACAUGGUGUCUGAUACACCACAGGAUCUUAAUGCAGAAUCAUCAACACAACAGACGCUUUAAAACAUAGCUUAAUUCAGCCUUUAUUAAUAUCAUAUUUACUAUGUUUUCUGUGUCUCUAGGUUGCAGUGCUGCUCUGGUGACCCAGACUGAGGUGAUGGUGGUCAAGUCUGGAGAAAAUGCCACUCUGCCUUGUGGGAUUUCUGUACAUGAGGAGGUUUCCUGGUUUUCCCUGCAGUCAGACCACAAACCAGCCAGAAUCACGGAUCUGCAAUACACAUCGAAUAAGAUGAGCCUCGUUAACACCAAAGAUGUAUACAGAGAGAGGCUGACUGCUGUUUCUGUCUCUGACACACACAGUCUGGAGCUAAAGAACAUCACUAAGGCAGAUCUGUUGAUCUACUGCUGCAUCCAGAAGAAAGAUCAUGAGUUUGGAAACUGUACAAAGCUGAAAUUCAAUGACCAUCCUGGAGGCCAGUCCACUCCCCACCAUCUCCAGACGCUCAAGACACCAGACAGUACUAACCCUGACCUCCUGCCUUGGAUUCUCCUGCCUUGUGUCGCCCUUCUCACUGCGCCGCUGAGAAAGAGCUCUGAGUCACAGCAGAAGGAAAGCAGGACCAGCCGACACGAUCAGGAAAAACCUGAUGAGGUCCAGUAUGUAUCAGUGAAGUUUAAAUCACCCAAGAAGCGAGACCAAAAAAGAGGAGAGGAUGCACAGGAUACUGUCUAUGCCGGAAUUAAGUGA